UAGGAUGUCCAAGUACCACUCGCUGGGGAGGACCCCAAAGAUGGCAGCAAUCAGGUCAAGUUUGUUUCCAGGAGUGAUGAUCCUGCCAUUCAUUGUUCUCAUUUUGAGGUUUUGCAACACUCAAGCAGCUGGGAAAGGUGUGACUGCUAGUUUAGAUGCAAAGUGGUCAUCAAUGCCUUUAUUGUUGGAGACAAGUGAGUUUGUAGCAGAAGAAGAUGACGAAAAAUUCUGGCAGUUUGUUGACACUGUCAAGGAAAUAACAUAUCUUCAAGGAGAUUCUGAACGAAGUUAUUAUAACUUGAUUCUAAAGAAAGCUGGUCAAUUUUUGUCACAACUGAAACUCAGCCUUCUGAAGUUUGCUCUCUCGCUGAGAGCAUAUUCUCCUACUGUUCAGAGGUUUCAACAGAUUGCAGCUGAUGAACCACCACCAAAGGGAUGCAGCAGUUUUGUAGCUGUCCAUGGGGAACACACCUGCAGUACUGGGGAAAUCAAGAAGCUCCUCAAAAGAGCAGCUAAUAGGCCAAAGCCAUACUUAUUUAAAGGGGACCAUACAUUUCCAGCAAAGAAUACUGAAGCUCCAGUUGUCAUUUUGUACGCUGAAAUUGGUACAAAAGAAUUUUCUAAAUUUCACAAGAUUCUGUCUCAGAAAGCUGGCAAAGGGGAAGUUAUUUAUGUUCUGCGGCAUUAUGUGCAGAAAGCCAACUCUAAGAAAGUGCGCCUUUCAGGAUAUGGUGUUGAACUUGCUAUUAAAAGUACAGAAUACAAAGCAGUGGAUGACACUCAGUUUGGAGGUACAAAUACUACUCUGCUCGAAGAAGAUGAUGACAUUGAUGAAGUUCAGGGAUUUCAUUUUAGGAAAUUGAAGCACCUAUAUCCUGAUUUAAAAGACCAGCUGGAGGAGUUAAGAAAGUAUCUUAUUGAAAGCACUAAUGACAUGGCGCCAUUGAAAGUGUGGGAGCUUCAAGAUCUAAGUUUCCAAGCAGCUACUCGCAUUGUCUCCACUCCUGUUUAUGAUGCUUUGAAGUUAAUGCAAGACCUUAGUCAGAAUUUCCCAACAAAAGCCAGAUCACUGACGAGAAUAGCUGUAAACCAGGAAAUGCGAAAUGAAAUAGCGGCAAAUCAAAAGCACUUUGCAGAAACUUUGGGACUUCAGCCUGGGGAUUCAGCUUUUUUUAUAAAUGGGCUACAUAUUGACUUGGACACUCAUAAUCCAUUCAGUAUCCUAGAUAUCCUCAAAGAGGAAGGAAAAGUUAUGGAUGGUCUUUAUAACCUUGGGAUCAAAGAUAAAGAUCUAAGUAAACUUCUGAGUCUGAAUGUCUAUCCUAUAGAAGAAAACCCAGCACUUGAUAUCCGACACUCAGCCAUAAUUUGGAUGAAUGACCUGGAAAGGGACCAAAAGUACCGUUCUUGGCCAUCAAGUUAUCAAGAGCUAUUGCGACCAACCUUCCCACGUGUCAUACGGCAAAUUAGGCGCAACUUUUUCAAUUUGGUCCUAUUUAUUGAUCCUACUCAGGAAGAUGCAGUUGAGCUGGUGAAAUUGGCUGAGCUGUUCUAUCAUCACAAUAUUCCUCUUAGAAUUGGUUUCGUCUUUGUUGUAAAUGCUGAUGAGAUGGCCGAUGGCAAUCAAGAUGCGGGAGUUGCUUUUCUGAGAGCCUUUAACUUCAUAGGAGAAGAUUCUGAACUUUCACAUGCAUUUUCUUCAAUAGUAGCAAUAUGCAAUCAAGUACAAGAUGGGGAAUCACUUACUGUGGACACCGUGAUCAAUUUUAUGAAAAAGAAGUACCCGCGAGUCAGUGUUCAAAACAUCUUGGGUGUUGAUUCUGAAUUUGAUGACCAAAGGAAGGCAGGAGCAAACUUUUAUAAAACCACUGGCUUGGGUCCACUGCCACAAGGUCUCUUUAAUGGCAUUCCCUUUAACAUAGAUGAGUUGGACCCUGAAGAGUUGGAAACUAUCAUCCUUCAAAAGAUAAUGGAUGCAGCAGGGUUUUUUCAGAAGGCAGUUUUCAUGGGUCGAUUAAAUGAACAUAUGGAUGUGGUAGAUUUCCUGAUGGAUCAGCCAAAUGUUGUUCUCCGCUUCAAUCCUAUAAUUCUGAACACUGAAAGGAAGUACGUUGAUCUUACAUCUAAGGCAGCUUUGAGCGACUGGGAUGACUUUACCACAUAUUCCUUCCUGGAUUCUCGAGACAAAAGCGCAGUAAUCGCGAGUCAGAUGAAAUAUCUCACAAGAAAAGGUACCGAUGAAGACAUAGUUUAUGGAGUGACCAUCUGGAUUGUUGCUGAUUUUGACAAGUUAUCCGGGAGAAGAUUACUGUUCAAUGCUAUGAAACAAAUGAAAGUAAGCAGCAAUAUUCGAAUAGGAGUAAUAAAUAAUCAUCGGGCUGAAGUAACAGAAGAUAAUACUUCUAUUGCAAGAGCUAUUUGGGCAGCACUUCUGACACAGAAUGGAAAUAUCGCAAGGAACUUCAUUACUAAGUUGAUCAACGAAGAAACUGUGGAAGCACUUGCAUCAGGAGCAAAAAUUCUGGAAUUUGCUGUUAAGGGAAUGGAUAACGAUGCCUUUGAGAAGAAGUACAACACCAUUGGAGUCGACUUCCUUCGCACCCAUCAAUUGUUCUGUCAAGAUGUUCUGAAGCUGCUACCUGGUCAGGAGGCUGUUGUUAGCAAUGGUCGGAUUUUGGGUGCUUUCAAUUUAAGUGAUGAGUUCCAUCCUGAAGAUUUUAACCUCCUGGAAAGGAUCACCCUCAGUACUUCAUCGGAGAAGAUUAAAGUUCAUAUAAAACAGAUGGGUGUGGAUUCUAAAAGUGGCAGUGAUCUACUUAUGAAGGUAGAUGCUCUUCUAUCAUCAAUGCCUAAAGUGGAAUCUCGAAGGGAUGUCAAGUUUCUUCAAGAUCAGUUAAGUGUCGUAAAGAUAGAACCUCAAGAUGGAGCUUUUUAUGAAGUGGUGGCCAUUCUUGAUCCAGUAAGCAGGGAGGCACAAAGGAUAGCCCCAUUACUAAUGGUGUUGCAUCGGGUGAUCAAUAUGAAGCUGAAAGUGCUUAUGAACUGCAGACCCAAACUUUCUGAGAUGCCUUUGAAAAGCUUUUAUCGGUUUGUGUUGGAGCCUGAACUGGUCUUCACAGCUGACAACAAGUUAUCAGCAGGACCUAUGGCCAAAUUCCUCGAAAUGCCAGAAGUACCCUUGUUUACCCUUAACAUGAUUACGCCUGAAAGUUGGUUGGUAGAAUCUCUUCGCAGCCCAAUUGACUUGGAUAAUAUUCACUUAGAAGAAGUUGAAGGAAUUGUUUCAGCAGAAUAUGAACUGGAGUACGUACUACUUGAAGGGCACUGCUUUGAUGUCACUACUGGCCAACCUCCCAGAGGAUUACAGUUCACCCUGGGCAUGAAGCAUAAUCCUGUUAUGAUGGACACUAUUGUGAUGGCUAACUUGGGUUACUUCCAGCUAAAAGCAAAUCCAGGAGCUUGGUUGCUUCGAUUACGUAAAGGAAGGUCUAACGAUAUCUACGAGAUAUUUACACAUGAAGGCACAGAUUCUUCCGAUGAUGCAGAUGAUGUUGUUGUAGUACUGAGCAGUUUCAAAAGCAAAAUCCUCAAAGUUCAGGUGCACAAAAAGUCUGGCAAAAUAAAUGAAGACCUUCUCAGUGAUGAAGAUUCUGAAGACAAGGGGAUCUGGGAGUCGAUCACAAGCUUUGCAGAAGGUUUCAGAUCUGAACAGACUGAAAAUAAAAAAGAUGACAUCCUUAAUGUUUUCUCUGUGGCAUCAGGACAUCUGUAUGAGCGAUUUUUGAGAAUUAUGAUGCUUUCUGUGUUAAAACACACCAAAUCCACUGUCAAGUUCUGGUUUUUGAAGAAUUACCUAUCUCCUACUUUCAAAGAGUUCAUCCCAGAAAUGGCAAAUGAAUAUGGAUUCCAAUAUGAGUUGGUACAAUACAAAUGGCCUAGGUGGCUUCAUCAGCAAACAGAGAAACAGAGGAUAAUUUGGGGCUACAAGAUCCUUUUUCUAGAUGUUCUUUUCCCAUUAGCUGUUAACAAAAUUAUCUUUGUUGAUGCUGACCAGAUUGUGAGAACUGAUUUAAAAGAACUACUUGAUUUGGAUUUAGAAGGUGCACCCUAUGGAUACACACCAUUCUGUGACAGCCGUAAAGAAAUGGAUGGUUACCGUUUUUGGAACUCAGGAUACUGGGCCUCACAUUUGGGAGGCAGAAAGUACCACAUAAGUGCUUUGUAUGUUGUAGAUUUAAAGAGAUUUAGGAAAAUAGCAGCAGGUGAUCGCCUUCGAGGUCAGUAUCAAGCACUCAGUCAGGAUCCCAACAGUCUGUCUAACCUGGAUCAGGAUCUGCCCAAUAACAUGAUCCAUCAGGUGGCCAUCAAAUCCCUACCACAGGAAUGGCUCUGGUGUGAAACCUGGUGCAAUGAUGAGUCCAAAAAGAUGGCUAAAACUAUAGACCUGUGCAACAACCCCAAAACCAAAGAACCCAAGCUAAAAGCUGCUAUGCGAAUUGUACCAGAGUGGAAUGAUUAUGAUAAUGAAAUAAAGGUGUUGUUAAAGAGAGUGGAGGAACAGAAAAAGGAUGGCCACACAAAAGCAAACUCACAGUCUCCAGCUCCUAAACGAGAUGAACUCUAGCAGCUAUGAAACUGUGAUCCUGCAUUGCACGCUGACUGGGUAACAACUAAAAUUGAAAUAAAACAUGUAACUUAUAAUCUUCUGUGAUGUAUCGAACUUGAGAACUUUGAUUAUGCACAAGAAUAUAUAGUUUUACAUGGAUUUCUUAUGGCAAUAAUGUUUGGAAGAUGAUGGAUGUGUGUAAGCUCAUAAAAAUUACUGCAGUAUCUACAUGUUUAUUAUAAAGUGGAAAUAUUUUGAUGUGAGAUUUACAUUCCUGGCUGUUAAUGUACGAUCAUGGUCAAAGCUGAAAGCAGUUUGCAAAAAGAUAAUUAUCAGUAUUAUAAUUGUUCAUUUAAGUACUUGAAUUGAAACAAGGUUUCACAAGAAUUGAAACUGGUCCUAUGCUUCUGAAGUUUAACUAAUUCACGGUGGCAUUGUUUAAUAAGAAAAUAUUUGCCAUUGUUUACAAAAGGGAAUGUUAAUAUCAAAUAAUAUGUUUUGCUUUAGCUUUGUCCUUUACUUCUUGAAACUUAUUCCUGCUCAUACAGGGUUUAAAAUUUUGAUUCUGAACCUCACCACAAGUUCGUUUAUAUGAAUGCUUGUCUCAUGACCCUGUCUUUCUGAGUAGUCAUGAUUCACAUACGACAGCAGUAUGAAAAGUAGUUUAUUAUUGGUGGUGUUGUACCACUAUUAGCAGAUAGGAAUGAUUAAUGCACCGUAAAUCCAUGUACAUUGAUUUCAGGUAUGCAUUAACCUUAUAUAUAAUGUGUUGCAAAUGUUAGAACAUUUAAAAUUGGUACACAAAAAAGAAUCCUAUAUUCUGCUUAUUUCACUGAUUGGUAAACUUGAAAUGUCAGUACUAUCAAGGUUCCCUGUUUUCAAUGCUGUUUUUUUGACUAUCAGCCCAGGGCUCACCAUUUAUGUGAUGCAUUUUAAUGAAAUAGGCCAAUGCACAUUUAACAGUGAACGGAUUGACCUAACACUAACAUUAGUGUGACAGCAGUAGACAAAAUGAAGAUUUGUGCCCAUACUAUAAUAUAUAUUAACAGGUUUAUUUGUCCCAGGAAAUUGUGGAAAUGUGGUUUUAGAUGUGCUUCAUGAAAACAUGCAAUCCUUGGAGCAUUUCCAGCUCAUCACCAUAACUUUGGCAGAAACUUAAAUAAAACCUAAACAAGGCUUCACACAAGUUACAGUGGUGGACCAGUGAAAGCCCUGAGUUCAUCUCCAUGGAUUUUAAAAGUAACAAACUACUUGUAAAGAGCUGUCCUAAUUAUUACCUUCUCAACGGUAAUAAACUGUAUCAUGUCACCUCUACUGUUGUCAGUAGGCCUACAACACAAAAGUGGUUUUAAGAAGAAUCCAGGAAAAGCUUUACACUUCAAGUUAUGUACUUUGGAAAAUAUUUAACCCCAGGCAAUAGGUUCAGGGCAAAUAUUUCAUCUCUGGGUUCUUCAGCUGUUCAUUUGUUGGAGUUUGUAAUGCCAUUAAAUUCACUCAGUUGUAUUGUAACUCCCUGCCUGUGACUGUUCAUCCUGACAAUAACAUGCAGCAUGUUACCAUGGGUCAAAUCAAACAGGAACAAUAAGAACUGCUUUGUUCUUCUCAGAAAGUAAAUUUAUAAAUUAAUUAUUCUGAACAAGCCUGAUGGGGGUUUUGUCUUUCUACUCAUUGUCAGCUAAAUGAACUUCUUAAAAUGUUAUUGGUCUCACAUUAAAACUUUCUAAUGCAACUUUAUGAAAGUCAAACAUGAGCUUUAAGUAAAUUGUACUAAUUAUUUUCAGUUCACAAUGAUAUUUGUUUAUUUCUCAUUGUAUUAAUACACUUUUGAAUGCGUUCCACUACACUGUGUUCAUUCUCUUCAAGGUGGCUGUCUAUUUUCUAUAGAAACAGAGGAGAUUGUGACUAUGUAUUUCCAUUUGGCACCUGUCAAGUGUUUUUGUAGUUUGACAUCACAAGCAAGAUAUUCAUAUUUCAUGGAGAAUGGUUUUAUAAUGGGGGACAGAAUAAAAUAUAGGUAACAGAAAUAUUUUGCCACCAGUAUCAUGAUGUAUGCUAACAAUGUUUGUAUUAAUUUAUUUUAAUUCCAUGGAAUGUGAAUACUGGCCAUAUCUUUUGAACAUUUCCACCUGAGUUUUCAGAUUACCUACCCAUAAAUUAGAAAGUAUAGUCCAUAACUGCUCAAUAAGUAUCAAAUAUUUAAGAGGUGUGACAAAGUAAUUUCCCCCUUAGGAUGGUUGCCUUAAUUGUUUUUAUUGUACUAUUUCAUAUGAAGUGAAUGAUAAGUGUGGUGAUUAUGUUACUGGACUAGCAAUCCAGAGAAUGCACAUUUAAAUCUAAUGACAGUUUGAGAACUUGUAUUCAUUUCAAAAUAAAAUUGGGAAAUAAAA